CUGAGUAGCAAAGUAAAUAGUAUACUGCCCUUUUUUAUUGCACAUAUAUUUAAAAUGGAUUAAGUAGAUCAGACCAUAACAUGACAACUAAACAGUCAGUGGGUACAUCUGAUGUAAAAUGACAUAACUUCUUCAACCAGUGACUUCAACUCGCUGAACCAAAUCCCGACCGCAGAAGUCUGCUGUCAAUAACAAACCAUGACGCAAGUCACCAGGCAGCUUUGCCUCCACCAAUGGUGUGAGGAAGUAGGAUGGGUCAAAAUACAAAGCUGGACCAAAAUUCUGCAUGCUGACAUUGAACCCAUGCAAGAAGUCCUAUACGCCAAGUCAACCCAGACUUUAGCGCAAUGCCUUCGUUAUUCCAGACCUUGGACAUGGAUGAUGAGCCACUUACAUGGUGGUCCUCGUCUUCUAGGAUGGGACGCGAACCUGAUUUGAAUGUUGAAGAAGUGUACUGUGAAAGCCACCGACUAGCUAUAGAGCAAUUGAUCACUGUUGGAGUCGACGCCUACCUGGAGUUCUUGAAGAAAGAGAGAGUUCGAAACUUUCUCUCCGAAGACGAGAUCAAAUUUAUUUUGCAGUCAGCCGCGGUUCCUAAAUGUACACCCCAGUCAGGGAAUAGUGGAGCUUUUGUGCUGUCCGAGGCCACCUCUCUUGCCUAUUUCCCCGACGUGUCUGAUGUAGCAGCCCCGUCUCUAGAUAUUGGAUGGCACGCUUUCUCACCUGACUCGGUCCCAGGUGAAACCACAGCCACUGCACACUUUCAACCGAAUUUUUCACCCUAUACGCCUGUUAAAAGCAUUUACAGCUGCAAGGUGGCGGCGAGAAAGAUGAUAAAAGAAGCAAAAGAGGUAAUUGCUAUAGUAACAGAUUCCUUCACAGACGUGGACAUCUUCCAGGACCUGCAGGAGGCUUGUACCCGACGCAGGGUUCCUGUGUACAUCCUGCUGGACCAUGAGGCCGUGCGCCCUUUCCUGCAGAUGUGCAGCAACAUCAACGUACGCUUGGCGGAGCUCCAGAAAAUGCGUGUGCGGGCUGUCACUGGUUUUAGGUUUUUCACACGCACUGGAGCACGCGUUACUGGAAGGAUUCACGAGCAGUUCAUGUUGGUCGAUGGGACCAAGGUUGCCAUGGGCACUUACAGGUUUAAAUGGACAGACGGCAGAAUAAACACCUGCAACAUGAUUGAACUGACAGGCGAGGUAGUUAAUAAGUAUGAGCAGGAAUUCCAGCGCCUCCACAAGAAGUCCCUCGCUGUGAACAUCAGGGCAGUGCUCCCUCCCCAAGCCCCCCAGGCAUCCACUCUCAAACCAGCCUGUCUGAACAUCGCGCCGAGUCGAGCCCAGGCCCUUGGGGUCGUCCUAUCCUCUGUCACCCCGGCAGCCAAGGUUACCUCACCGCCAGCUAAUCCCUCAGCAGCCUUAGGACAUUCCGCCUGCCACACAUCCACUCAGACCUCCAGCCAGUGCGUGACCCAAGGCACGCAAACUGGUGCCAUCAUCGCUCAUCAGCCUCGCAUUGCCCUCUGCUCCACCUCCUCCGCGGAGGCCGACUCAUCUGGUUCAGAGUCUGCUUGCACCACCCCCACCGAAACCAGCUCUGUAAUGCAAACAAUAGCAUCACUGUCAGUCAACCCGUGCCCCACCCCGACACCUUCCAUCCUCACGUUAACAGGACACAGCCGAUCUAAAGAGCUACAACAGCAACCACAGAAGUGGUAUUACCCUCCUCCUUCUAUCCUGAGCUCGCUGUGCAACAAAAAAGACUCCAUGGGCUUUUCCAGUCCUUCCCUGAGGUCUGGCUCGCAAUGGGGCUGCAAGGCCCAGCAGAGCACAAGGCCGGGACCUGGGCUGACCAUGGGGAGCAUGCUCAUGGCUAUGCCAAUGAGGUCUAGGUUCCAGCAGUAAAAACAUGAGGUCUAGAUACCUACAGUGAAAAGGUACUGCUAGCCAAAACUGCACUGAGGAGAGUCUUGGUCAGUGAAUAUUGCUAACUGUUUGUCAGAGAACCUUACCUUAAGAGAUGGAGUGUGUAGAAGACACUUAUCCAUGCAGGUCAUUUUAGGAUAAUUCAGUGUUUUCUUAUGGAAAAUUCCAGUGAAUGAGGAGAGGUUAGCUAGAAAGGGCUCCUUGAUGUGAAAAGCCAUCUGGAGGGUAACAGGGUUUACAACUGUUUUUAUUGUUCUUAUCCAUGGCCUGGUUUUCCCACACAAAAAUUUCCAUUCAUAAGAGGUUAUGUCAGAGGCUCUAUUCUACUAAGGUGACGAGUUCUGAUGAGACAAUGCCCACACAGUAAUCUGUAGUUCACUAUAACACUGUCAUUGCCAAAUAGUGCCAGAAAUCUGCAACUCACCCCUACCUCUUGCCUCUUGAGCUUAGGCUGAUCUUGUA